AAUGGACUGGUUGGAUCUCCUUGCAGUCCAAGGGACUCUCAAGAGUCUUCUCCAACACCACAGUUCAAAAGCAUCAAUUCUUCGGCACUCAGCCUUAGCCCCAUCUUAAAACAAGUUGCCAGUUGGUGGGAGAAGCAAAGGGGAUGUUCAGAAUAUGUGCCUUGGGCAGGUAUGAAGAGCCUCUUUCUUUACCUACAGUAGGAGUUUGAUCACUAUGAAAAUGACACUUCUUUUGGCAUGCAGGUGUAAAGCUUGGAUCUGGGGGUCAUCUAAGUCAGCACUAUCUCACACUCGGUCUCUAGUAAAUGAGGUACAAGGGCCAGAAGAUGUUGUGGAAGGAAGUAAACAAGCCAAGUGGUAGUACAGAUUCAGUAGCCACUGCCACACCUGAGAAGCCCUUGCCUGGGGCUAGUAACAGGUUGUGAAAAGUGCCAUAAGAGAAACAGGAGAGAUGUUGGGAGGGGAUGGUAGUUGAUAUAUUUGUCAAGGAAAGUUAGAGGAACUGCCAUUUUCGUUCAAAACUGAAAAUGAGGAAUCAACUUUUGACAAGGGCUGGUGAUGGACAGGGAGGCCUGGCGUGCUGCGAUUCAUGGGGUCGCAAAGAGUCGGACACGACUGAGUGACUGAACUGAACUGGGAAAGAACUUUGCAGACAUACAUAACAGGACAAAGUCCUGAAAUGGGAAAAAGCUGUCCAAAAGCCGGAAGGAAGUGUGGUGUCUUGAGAAGAAGUUGGAGGGAUGAAAGGAGGCCACGUAUUGACCACUUCUUAGAUUGUAGUAAAAAUUAGUUAAGUGCAUCGGAAAGCCAUUGAAGGAUUUUAAGCAAUUUAUUGCAUGAUCUAAACUACAUUAAAAAAAAAAACUACUGGCUUUUAUACAGAAAAUGGAUUACCCUUUAUAUUUUGAAAAGGAUUCAGAUGCCAAUGAUGACAAAAGAUGACAGGUGAGAUUGUGUCCCAACCUGUGAGUUAUAAAUUCCUCGCGUAAAUUAAAAUCACCUUAGAAAACUAACCAUGCCCUUUUUUUUCAUUACCACCUUGUUCUCUCAAUUCAGCAUUUCGAAGCAUCGUCCUCAGGAUGCUAGUUUUAGCUGGCCCACUGGUGAACAGGAGGUGAGAGUUCUUUCCCACGAAGGCUCCGAGCUUGCCCCUUGGCCCACCAGGUGGGUCUGGUCUCCAAAGUUUCGACUUUAAAUCAGUCUGAGGCCUAGACCAGCCAAAAGAAAUGAAACGACACACCAAUAACCCUCUCUUGCACACUCUUCGAGACCAACUAAAAUUCCUUACACGGAGAUUACGACAACACGACAGCAGGUCCCCACGAAGCCACUCACACCAGAGGACAAGCCCUGGCCACUGCGCCUGCGCCCGAGGCGGCCGUGGGGCGGAGCUUGUGUGCAGACGGAGGAGAGGCGUGCGUGCGUAGGAGCGUGCUUGCCUAACGGUUCAGACGGUAACGGUCGCUGGGCUUCACACGUCUACUGACGUUGCUGUGUAGUUUUUGGUGGUGUAGCUUAAAAAGCAACUUAAAGGUCGUGCGUUGUGCAUUCCGGCCUUGGGCCACACGAUAAGCCUUUGUGAGUGACUGGGACUGGAGCGAAAGUGGUGGCUUGGGGCAGGGAGAAGUUUUAAAAACCUUUUGGUGCCCCAGUCUCUAAUACUGAUCGAUACACUCGUCGGUUUUCUACCCCUCCACACCUGGCGAGCAGGUAUUUUUUCCUUUGGCUUCCCCCUUCUGACAUUCUGCAAACUCAAGAGGUACUUCAUAGGUAUGAGAGUGAUCAGUUCAGGGAGAUUGCUUCCUCUGAAAUUACAUUAUCUCUAUCAGGUUCUCAAAAUGUCAUCUGUCAAGGAGCAGCUUAUUGAGAAUCUAAUUGAGGAAGAUAAAGUCUCCCAGAAUAAGGUCACCAUUGUUGGAACUGGUGCUGUAGGCAUGGCGUGUGCGAUCUGUAUCUUGCUGAAGGAUUUGGCUGAUGAGCUUGCCCUUAUUGAUGUUGUAGCAGACAAACUGAAGGGAGAAACAAUGGAUCUUCAGCAUGGUAGUCUUUUCUUUAAUACUCCAAAGAUCAUCUCUGGAAAAGAUUACAGUGUAUCUGCAAAUUCCAGAUUAGUUAUUAUUACAGCAGGUGCACGGCAGCAAGAGGGAGAAAGUCGCCUUAACCUGGUCCAACGUAAUGUGGAUAUCAUGAAGUCAGCCAUUCCUGCCAUAGUCCAAAAUAGUCCUGACUGUAAGAUGCUUAUUGUUUCAAAUCCAGUGGAUAUUUUGACAUACGUUGUCUGGAAGUUAAGUGGUUUACCUGCAACUCGUGUAAUUGGAAGUGGUUGUAAUCUAGACUCUGCCCGUUUCCGUUACCUAAUUGGACAGAAGUUAGGUGUACAUCCUUCCAGCUGCCACGGUUGGAUUAUUGGUGAACAUGGUGAUUCUAGUGUGCCUUUAUGGAGUGGAGUAAAUGUUGCUGGUGUUGCUCUGAAGAGUCUAGACCCUAAGUUAGGAACUGAUUCAGACAAGGACUCCUGGAAAAAUAUCCAUAAGGAAGUUGUUGGAAGUGCCUAUGAGAUUAUCAAGCUGAAGGGGUAUACCUCUUGGGGUAUUGGACUGUCUGUGACAGAUCUGGUAAAAUCAAUUUUGAAAAAUCUUAGGAGAGUGCAUCCAGUAUCCACUAUGGUGAAGGGCUCAUAUGGAAUAAAAGAAGAAAUCUUCCUCAGUAUCCCUUGUGUCUUGGGACGAAAUGGUGUCUCAGAUGUUGUGAAAGUUAACUUGAAUUCUGAGGAGGAGGCCCUUUUUAAGAAGAGUGCAAGCACACUUUGGAACAUCCAAAAAGACCUGAAAUUUUAAAACUUUUUAAUGUUCCGCGUUUUAGAGAACAGAAGAUAGUAGGCUGUAUAUUUUGAAAGUAUUCUCACCUGAUCUGUAAAAAAUAAAAAGAACAUUGGACCUAUGACAUAACUCCAGUCUCUCAAGACUAGAAAAAGGAAAUGGUAAAGAAUUUCUCCCCUUUAGGAAUCUUUUAUAGCUCUAUUUUAAUGGGCUCAACCUGUACAAAUGUAUGUCAUAAAUGUAAAAGUUGGCUUCAGGUUUAUUAGAAUAUGUAUAAUCAUUUAUACAGAGCUUAUGAUUCUUCUCAUAAAACAAUGGGAUUUCUAGAA